UUUCUUCUCUUUCUUUUCAUUCGAAUCUAAUUUAGUUGUGCGCUGUAAGCUUCAUUCGAUCCCGUUUGCACUCGUCUCUUUUCUCUCCACUUAAGUUUACUUGUUUUCAUAUUGCCGCGUUUCUUUCUUAUCUCUCUAUCGUAGUAUACAAAAUCAAAAUUCGCUUCUGUGAUUCCCGUGUUCUCCGCAAUGUUGAAUUAAGAGAACUGUUUUUGAAAUGAGAAUUUAGCAUCUCCGAUUCUUCCCAAUUUCAAAGAUACAGUGACUGACGAUUAUAGAUCGCAUGACUUAGUCGGAUCUGAUCUCGCGGAUGCAAAGAUUACGAUCUAAGCUUCCUAUUUUGUUUAGUAAGUUGGAAUUUCGGCUGUUUUCGAGAGGACGAGAAUGUCAAAGGUGGUGUACGAAGGAUGGAUGGUGAGAUAUGGACGAAGGAAAAUCGGCCGUUCCUUCAUACACAUGCGGUAUUUCGUGCUCGAAAAUCGGCUUCUGGCUUACUACAAGAGAAAGCCACAAGAUAACCAGGUUCCAUUAAAGAGCAUGUUGAUAGACGGAAACUGUAGAGUGGAGGAUCGAGGAUUGAAGACUCACCAUGGACACAUGGUUUAUGUUUUAUCUGUUUACAACAAGAAAGAGAAGUCCCACAGAAUUACGAUGGCAGCAUUCAACAUACAAGAAGCCCUGAUGUGGAAGGAAAAAAUAGAGUCCGUAAUUGAUCAGCAUCAAGAGUCACAAGUUGCAAAUGGCAACAAAUAUGUUUCUUUUGAAUAUAAAUCUGGGAUGGACAAUGGGAGGACUGCUUCUUCAUCAGAUCAUGAAAGCCAGUUUAGUGCCCAAGAGGAUGAAGAUGAUGCUUCUCCAGAUUUUCUCAGGAGAAUAACAAUUGGAAAUGGUCCCCCAGAUGCAAUAUUAGACUGGACGCAGGAGUUUGACUCAGAAUUAUCAAAUCAAAAUGCCAACAACCAAGCAUUUUCGAGGAAACAUUGGCGCCUCCUUCAAUGUCAAAAUGGACUUCGCAUUUUUGAAGAGCUUCUUGAAGUUGAUUAUCUUCCAAGGAGCUGUAGUAGGGCAAUGAAGGCUGUAGGUGUUGUGGAAGCUACUUGUGAGGAAAUAUUUGGUCUUAUAAUGAGCAUGGACGGGACUCGAUUUGAAUGGGAUUGCAGCUUUCAGUAUGGUAGUUUAGUUGAAGAGGUAGAUGGGCAUACAGCUAUACUUUAUCACAGGCUUCAGUUGGACUGGUUCCCUGCGUUCGUAUGGCCUCGUGACCUAUGCUAUGUGCGUUAUUGGCGUCGAAAUGAUGAUGGAAGUUAUGUUGUGUUAUUUCGCUCUAGGGAGCAUGAGAAUUGUGGCCCACAACCAGGAUAUGUGCGGGCUCAUGUUGAGAGUGGAGGGUUCAACAUUUCCCCUAUGAAAUCACUGAAUGGAAAGCCUAGAACACAGGUGCAGCAUCUCAUGCACUUUGAUUUAAAAGGAUGGGGCGUGGGUUAUAUUUCAUCAUUUCAGCAACAUUGUCUUCUUCAGAUGUUAAAUAGUGUUGCCGGAUUGCGUGAAUGGUUUGCCCAAACAGAUGAGAGAGGUGCUCCUCCCAGAAUCCCAGUUAUGGUCAAUAUGGCCUCAUCUUCAGUUCCCUCAAAGAAGACUCAAAAGAUAAAUGAGUUACCUGUUCCCCCUGCUCCUUCACUUGAUCAAACAAAUGCUGCAAACCGAAACUCUGUGUUGAUGGAUGAAUACUCCGAUGACGAUGAAGAUCAAAUGCCUGAGACAGAACAAGAGAAUUUUCAGGCAUAUCCAACUAAAAGUGACAAUGAUGUCAAGAGAACAGCCCUGGAAGAAGAAUCAAUUCAGAAAAUUGAUUUAUCGUGCUUUUCUGGUAAUCUACGACGUGAUGACCGUGAUAAUUCUCGUAACUGUUGGACAAUUUCUGAUGGUAACAAUUUCAGAGUCCGCAGCCAGCAUUUUUGUUACAACAAAACAAAGAUUCCUGCAGGGAAGCAUUUAAUGGAUCUUGUUGCUGUUGAUUGGUUUAAAGACUCGAAAAGAAUGGAUCAUGUUGUUAGGCGUCAAGGCUGUGCUGCGCAAAUUGCUUCACAAAAGGGGCUUUUCUCUUUGGUCUUUAAUGUUCAAGUUCCUGGCUCAACACACUACAGUAUGGUGUUUUAUUUUGUAACUAGGGAACUAGUACCCGGUUCCCUUUUGCAGCGAUUUGUUGAUGGUGAUGAUGAAUUCCGCAAUAGCAGGCUGAAGCUUAUUCCAUUGGUGCCAAAGGGAUCAUGGAUUGUGCGACAAAGCGUUGGGAGCACCCCUUGUUUGUUGGGAAAAGCCGUUGAUUGCAACUACAUCCGUGGUCCCAAGUACAUAGAAGUUGAUAUCGACAUAGGUUCUUCUACGGUUGCUAAUGGAGUUCUGGGGCUUGUCAUUGGUGUAAUUACGUCAUUGGUGGUUGACAUGGCUUUUCUCGUACAGGCAAAUACAACGGAUGAGCUGCCGGAGCGUCUAAUUGGUGCAGUGCGUGUCUCUCAUAUCGAGCUAUCGUCUGCCAUAGUUCCGAAGCUCGACACCAAUCCAUCGUGAUUGUUUUGACGGACCAACAGCUGAUUUCAUACGAUUUAUUUGUUCUGAUAUCCAUAUUUCCAUUAGCAUUUAAUGUUUAUGGAAGAAGCCAUCACAUUUUCCCCCUUAUAAAUAGGAUUUUCUAAAAAUGUAGUUAAAGGAAGAUGAAAAUUUUAUUAAUUCAAAUAAGGGAAAAUAGAACUAUGUUCAGUAGAAGAAAUGAAGAGGGCGGGCGCUUUGCACGUUCAUGCAUCUCA